CUGUAAACUUUGCCCCGACAGACUGUCAAUAAGUUCACCGGUCACAGCCUUUCGUCUUCAGUUCAGAAACAAAUUCAGUGGCCAUGGAAUUAAAGGGAACAUUGAUUUGGAUUUGCUCACUAGCAGUCUUGUCCUCCACUGCAGCUCUAGAUGAAACUCUGCUUAAGAAUUGCAGCUUGCACACUCCGCUAUUGGAGCGUAUAUCUGCUGACCUCAAGGAGGCAGUAGAGUGUGGUGGAAACCUGCCUUCUGCAUGGCGUGCAGAGCAGUCGGCUGAACUACUGCUUUCCUUGAGGGCUCUGACUGAUUUUCUGCACAUACACCAGCUGAAAGAUUGCCAAAAUUUCGAACCAAAGAACUGCCCUGAAGCCGAAGUGCACCAAAAUGGAGGGUUGGUGUGUGUCACAGCCGCCAACAAGCGCUACUGCAAACCUCUGUGCAACUUUGGUUACGAUUUCAGUUUCCUCAGGAGGAGUCGCUUGUUUGAUGAAUGCAGUAACGAGACAGGACAUAAAUGGGUCACGCAGUACAUAGGAGGAAACAGGCUGGCUGAGUGCAUCAAAACAUCUAGUCAAAUUUCAGGAGCAAAGUCGGCGUACUUUCCAAAAGAUCAGGAUUGCCUAAAAACCAAGAGCAGCAGCCAACUGCAAAACAGCACCAUCGAAGAUUUUAUCACUGAGCUGAAGAAUCAAGGCAUACAGGGAGAGCCGCAGUACGCCUGUCUUACAUGUGGAUGACCAUGGGUUGGACAAAAGUGUUGAAAAAUGCAUAGACGAAGUGAUGAAUGUCGUGCUGAAAUAAAGCUUAGGAAGUAGAUAAAAAAUGUAUGAAAGUUAAAUUGACUUCCAAGUUUAAAGAUUAAACAUGUUCCCGAACCUGAAUGGUUUUCUUUGUUGGAAUUUGUGUACACUGAGUUCAGUGUCAGUGCAUGCGGUUUCAUACACAAAGGUUCAAAUGCACACGCAUCAAAUUUUCUCUUUUCAUACAAUGUUUCUUGCCGUCCUUGUAAUUGACUCAUAAAAUUUCAUCAGAAUAUGUGAGUAUUGUACAAUAUGUGCCUAAACGUUCGCUUCUCCAUACUCUAAAUCUUUUUAGUAUCCGAAUCAUCCCUAACAACCCUGUCCAGACAUUACUGUGUGCUUGAUUUAGGGCUGUUUCUCAUCAUUUGAGUUUGGCUCCUUAGUUCUGCUCUGCAUUUGGGUCAACCCUCAUCUGCAAUCACCCGGACAAGGCCACAGCGAUUGGGUUACGUGGCUGACGGCCAAAACAAGGAGAAAAGAAAAACACACACACGCCGUUCCGAGCGGUAAAGUGAGCAACCAUGAGGAGAGUCGGACGGCUGCACAAUACGAUGAAACUGUGGCAAAGAGAGGUUGCACAUCAUCAAUGAUUUGGAAAUGGCUA